GAAAAAAGAAAUAGAGCGACCAAACACAGAGCACAAGACAAAUAGGAUGAGAAGAGAGUUCUGAGAGAAGUGGAUCAGAUCUAAAACAACACAAGAAAAGAAACCCACUUCCCCAUAACCCUCAUGUCUCUGUACUAUGUUAUCACAACAUAACUCCACUUCUAUAAAUGAACAACAAAACAUAACCCCUCCGUUGUUUAUCAUAACUCUACUGGUUAAGUCUACUAAUAAGGCUCUACUAUUCUCUCCCAUCUUGGCCAUAUGCUACAGUGACUUAUUGGGGGAGAGUCAAGGCCACUGCAUUUGGAAGAAGAUGGAAGCAUCAAAGACCCUCAGCACAACUGGACUAAAGCAUAGACCAUUGACUCCAUUCAGGAUAUUGAGGGGUUUGAUAUGUUUAGUCAUAUUUCUUUCUACGGCAUUCAUGUUUAUGGUUUAUUUUGGACCUGUGUCUUUCCUGUUGUUGCGCCUUUUCAGCAUUCACUACAGCAGAAAAGUAGUGUCAUUCAUUUUUGGUCAUUGGUUGGCUUUGUGGCCCUUCUUGUUUGAAAAUAUUAACGAAACUAAAGUUGUCUUUUCUGGAGAGACUGUUCCACCUGGGGAACGUGUUUUGCUUAUAGCGAACCAUAGAACUGAGGUUGAUUGGAUGUAUCUAUGGAAUCUUGCUUUCCGAAAGGGGUCCCUAGGAUACAUUAAGUAUGUCCUCAAGAGCAGUCUGAUGAAAUUACCUAUCUUAGGUUGGGGGUUUCAUGUGCUUGAGUUCAUUUCAGUCAAGAGGAAGUGGGAAAUUGAUGAAUCAACCAUGCACCAGAGGCUUUCGACUUUCACUGAUAUAAGGGAUCCACUAUGGCUUGCUGUAUUUCCGGAAGGGACUGAUUUUACACAACAGAAGUGUGAAAAGAGUCAAAAGUUUUCCGCGGAAAAUAGAUUACCUAUACUGAAGAACGUGCUUCUUCCUAAAACAAAGGGUUUUCAUGCUUGCUUGGAAACUUUAGCCAACUCCUUGGAUGCAGUUUACGAUGUGACUAUCGCCUACAAAUAUCAGUGCCCCCAUUUUCUGGACAACGUUUUUGGUGUGGAUCCUGCAGAAGUUCACAUUCAUAUUCGACGUAUACCUGUUGCCGAGAUCCCCUCUUCAGAAAGUGAGGUUGCUGAUUGGUUGAUGGAUGCUUUCGUUCUUAAGGACCAGUUGCUCCAAGAUUUCAAUUCUCGAGGUUACUUCCCUAGUCAGAUAACAGAAAAAGAAAUUUCAACAUCAAAAAGUUUGGUAAAUCUCACUGUAAUUGUCGCCCUGACUGUUGUAUUUACAUAUCUGACCCUUUUUUCAUCUUUCUGGUUCAAAAUAUACAUAGUUCUCUCUUGCGUAUCCCUUGCUUCUGCCACGUAUUUCAGUAUUCGACCAACACCAAUACUAGAUUAUGUCAAAGCAGCUGUAUUUCAAAGGAAAGACAAAUAGCAUAGCAUAGGAAAAUUCAUGGCCAAAGUGCUAAAAAAGGUACUGGCCUUUUGUAGUUUCUAGGACCACUAUUGCUUGUAAAUCCCAAAACAUUGUUCAGUAUAUCGCUGUGUUUAAUUGUUCUGUAGUUUGCUGGUUUUCACAACUUCACUUUGAUUUCUUAUUAUGUAAUUACACUUUCAUGUCUUCUUAGAGAUGAAUGAUUGUCCUUUUGUUCA